AUGGCCCUCCUAGCCACCUCCAAGCCCUCUCCAACCGCUUCCCUCACCCAACGAUCCGACGUGAUCUCGACCUUCCAUCCUCUCGUUAACAGCGCGGUUCAGUUUCAGCAACUGAUAGGCUCUGCCGCCUUCCACCUCGUCGUCAGGGCCUACUUUGCCGCCACCAUCGCAGCCACAGUCUCCCUCUGGGCAAGCAGGAGCAUUGCGUGGAGGACGCUCCUUGGCUCCAGGGCCGUCGUCGCAAGGGCGCUGUUCCUGUCGAAAUGGCUCGCAUGGAGCGCGUGGGAUUCCAAGCCUUCCAGGCGUCUCCGCAGGAGGCUCGAGUUGGAGCUUUUCUUAUGGUUCCUUGGACCCGGCGGCAACACCUUGCUCCUGAUGCUCUUCUGGCCAGGUUGGCUCAUGCUGGCCGCUCUGUUCUGGGGUGUCUGGCGGCUGACGGGUUGA